AUGGACGCCUAUCUUGUACAACGGCAAGCGACGCCAACGUCGGAAAAUGGAGGCCAGCCGACGAGAACGCCAGAUGGCUUCGUCGUCGAGAACGGCCGCAUAGUCCCAUACUGGUACACAAGAGAGGGCCUCAUCGUGAAGUGGUCCGUCUUCUUGGGUCUCAUGGUCUUGAUCACCCUGUACAUCACAAUCGGCUACAUCCACGCAAAGAAGAGGAUACGCAAGGGCCUCGUGCCGCUCGCAUACCACAGGUGGCUCGUCUCCCGCGCCGAACUGGCCCGCGUCGACCCGCGCUACGCCUACCCGCAGGCCACCUACACCAACUACCGCCCCGGCUACUACCAGCAGUACCCACCGGGAUACAACAUGCAGAACAUGCCGCCCCCGCCUCCGAUGUACGAUCCCAGCGCUCCCAGGCCCCCAAUGUACGAUGGUCCCCAGGGUGGUUCCAAGCUGGCCCCGACCCAAGACUACGAGGCACCACCACCUGGUCCCCCGCCGGCGCAGAGGAACGACACCGGGUCGUCGAACCCCUUCAGAGGUUAG